UAAUGGUUUACUUCCUGUUUCAAACGCGUGUGGAUGUCCACGCGGAAAAGUGUUGAUCUGUUUUUUUCAGAACUGUCUGAGAUCGUCGGUUAAACUAUUUGCCGUGUGAAGCAAGCACCCAUAAUAUUUUAUUAGAAUUAAUAAGACCAAGAAUUUAUUUAUUCUGUGGAUAAUAUGGUCCGAGCACGAAGGGCAGUCAAAAAGCCCAGAGCAAAGAAACAACAGCAAUAUGACAGUGAUGACCCUGAUACUUAUAUACGUGAAGGCAUUCCAGAUAAGAAAUCUUCAAAGUAUGUGGAGGACAAAGUAGAUGAAUUUCACAAUCAGAAAAUCUCAAAACUCUUGGCCCAAGGGGUUCAAGAGGACAGCGAUCAAGAGGAUGAAUAUGGUGAGGAAGAAGUCAUGCCCUUGAAGCUUCCUGAGUCAGAUGAUGAUGAUGAUGAUGAUGAAGAUGAGGCAAACAAUAAUGAGGAGGGGACCGAUAUGGAGAGUGACCUGGAAGGGAGAAAAGAUGACGAUCUCCCAAAUGACAUGGCUUGGGGAAACAAAAAGAAGAUAUUUUAUGAUUCAGAUUAUGUCACCAAAAAGGGCAAAUCUCUUGAAGAGAUUGAGGCCGAAGACAAAGAAGAGGAAGAGGAGGCCCAAAACGUUCAACGGCGAUUGGCAGCCAACCUGAGCGAGGAAGACUAUGAUCUUAACCUGCUUGAGGAGUUUACAGCGGAGGUUGAAGCGCAGAAGACAGCUGAAACAGAGGAAAGGAUUGUAAAGGACUUAAAAACAAUGUCACAGAAAGAAAAGCUUAAAAUGCUAAAGAAAGAAUCACCGGAAUUGUUGGAACUCAUUCAGGAUUUCAAAGCAAAGCUUACAGAGUUAAGGGAUGAAGUUCAGCCCCUUGUGGAAAUGGUCAAAGAUGGACGGAUCCCCCCUGGAAAGGGUGCAAAUUAUCUCCUUACCAAACAGCAGCUUUAUCUUAACUAUUGCACAAACAUUAGUUUUUAUUUGGUUCUAAAAGCGAAGCGAAUUUCAGCACAUAAUCAUCCUGUGAUUGAGAGACUGCUGACAUACAGAAAUCUGAUAAAUGAACUAGGCAAUGUAGAUGCUAGACUGGCUCCUCAACUGCGUCAACUUCUCUCUGAAGACCAGCAGGACAGGACCGCAAAGAGAUCAGUGGGAAGCAAACACACCAAAACCAAAGUGCCAGAAGAGGCUGAGUUGGAGACGGCCGAGGCGUCUGACUCAGACGAGGAAGCAAAUCUGCGCUUCUAUAACGCUAUGGCGGAGAGGCAGAAACUGAAGAGGAAGAAGAACGAGCCUCAAUAUGAGAAUGAAUUGAUGGAGGAGGAAGAGGUGGAAGGAGAUGCUAAACGAAGGAUCACUUAUCAGAUGUCCAAGAACAAAGGGCUCACACCCAAGAGGAAGAAGAUCGAUCGCAAUCCCAGAGUCAAGCACAGAGAGAAGUUCAGACGUGCACAGAUUCGUAGGAAGGGUCAGGUUCGUGAGGUGCAUCGUGAGGAGACGAGAUACAGCGGAGAAUGGUCUGGUAUUCGUGCUGGUGUUAAGAAAAGCAUCAAACUCAAGUGAUAAAUCUAGCUGUGAUCCUCGAUCAAGCUUAUUGAUUAUAUACUCACUAUUCCAGAUACCAACAGAUAUGUAUUGUUUAUACAGCUCAAAGAAAAAGCAUAUGCCCAAUGAAA